UCUCCUCUUUCUCGAUUCCCUCAGAUUUCGAUUGGCAUCCUCUAUAAAAACCCCACGAGAAGUUGGAGCUGGACCAUAUCAGAUUUGGCGUUUGCAACAUUGUGUUUAGAGAAAGGAGAGAGAAGGCAAACACGCCCGUUUUCGUUUUACUAAGAGAAGAUGGUGAGCGUUGUGGCUGGUAGAGUCGAGAGCUUGUCGAGCAGUGGCAUUCAGUCGAUCCCGCAGGAGUAUGUGAGGCCGAAGGAGGAGCUCACAAGCAUUGGCGACAUCUUCGAGGAGGAGAAGAAGCAUGAGGGCCCUCAGGUCCCAACCAUCGACCUCGAGGACAUAGCGUCUAAAGACCCCGUGGUGAGGGAGAGGUGCCACGAGGAGCUCAGGAAGGCUGCCACCGACUGGGGCGUCAUGCACCUCGUCAACCAUGGGAUCCCCAACGACCUGAUUGAGCGUGUCAAGAAGGCUGGCGAGGUGUUCUUCAACCUCCCGAUCGAGGAGAAGGAGAAGCAUGCCAACGACCAGGGCGCCGGGAAGAUCCAGGGCUACGGGAGCAAGCUUGCAAACAAUGCCAGCGGGCAGCUCGAGUGGGAGGACUACUUCUUCCACCUCGUUUACCCUGAGGACAAGCGUGACUUGUCCAUCUGGCCCAAGCACCCGAGCGAUUACACAGCUGCGACGAGCGAGUACGCCAAGCUGCUGAGACAGCUCGCGACCAAGAUCCUGUCAGCACUCUCAAUCAGUCUAGGACUCGAAGAAGGGAGGUUGGAGAAGGAAGUCGGCGGGGUUGAGGAAAUGCUGCUCCAGAUGAAGAUCAACUACUACCCGAAAUGCCCCCAACCAGAGCUAGCCCUAGGAGUCGAGGCUCACACGGAUGUGAGUGCCCUGACUUUUAUCCUCCACAACAUGGUCCCUGGACUUCAGCUCUUCUACGAGGGCAAGUGGGUCACGGCCAAAUGUGUCCCCAACUCCAUCAUCAUGCACAUUGGGGACACCAUUGAGAUCCUGAGCAAUCGCAAGUACAAGAGCAUCCUCCACCGCGGGCUGGUCAACAAGGAGAAGGUGAGGAUCUCGUGGGCCGUCUUCUGCGAGCCUCCAAAGGAGAAGAUCAUCCUCAAGCCGCUGCCUGAGAUGGUGACUGAGGCAGAGCCUGCGCUGUUCCCUCCCCGCACAUUUGCUCAGCACAUCGAGCACAAGCUCUUCAGGAAGAACCAGGCCGCAUCGAAAUGAUCGGCAUUUGUUGGGCUCGUAAUGAUUUAGCUGCACUAGCUCGAAAGAAAACUUUUUUUAAGGUGUCUGUGAGUUGAUUAAAUGUGUUAUGUGUCACUGUAGCAGGUGGGGGCUGAUCUGGUCUUCUGACCUGAUUGUGUUAAAUAAGAUUCAUGCUAUCUCAUCUGUUUUUAGUACCACCUUGUCAACUAUGGAAAAUAAAAGGAUUACCUUCCAUCA